AUGAUGGCACGAGAACAAGAAGAGAAAACAUUUAUACACAAUCCCAGCCUAUCAGACAUCCAGGCCGAUACGAAAAAGAUAGUAGAGCCACACACAAGAGACCGAGUCGAAGAUAUUUCAGAUAAAUCUCCAAACGGCAAAGAUUGGAUUAGUUCUCCUAAUUUAUUUGAAUCUGAAUCGGUAUCAGAUAAUCAUGAAGACCCUAUGUUUUCUAGGGACUGGGAGCAUAAGACAGCCUACCAUGACUAUGCUGCCGAGAUGCAGUUAAGCCAAACAGAGUCUAAACUUUUUUACUUGAGGAGUCAAAGCGGGUCUCAUAAGAUUGAAGGGGCCUUGAAGGGAAAUGCUCAGGAGCCAACAAUAAUCAAUCCGAUCCCUACUCAUUUCACAGAUACUAGCUUUGUCGGAUCGAAGCCAGAGUACCAAGAAAAUAUGACCAACGGAGGCGCGGGCACAUCUGAAACACGAUUUGUGAAAACCGAUAGAUGUCGACAUAAUUUACCAACUCAAGUGGUUAGAUCAGUGGAACAAAUCGAGGUUGAUGGUAACCCGGAAUUUCAAAAAGUAGAGGAUCUGGCUUCUCAUGAUGUUUCCCCAUCUACAACCUCUGGUUCUAGAACCAAGCAUGCGCAACGCUAUGAACCAAGUCCAGACGCUACUCCCACCCGACCAAUAAGUCCGUCAGAAAUAAAUUUCUUUACUAAGGGGAACAAGUCUGAGAUACAAACUGUUGAGGGUGAUUUUCUAGAUAAUGAUCCCAUUCUUGCCGCAGAGCUAAGCAUGAUAUAUGCUAAGAUUCAAAAAGUUUUGGAUAUUAGGCGUAAGUAUAUAAAGUUAUCUUUACAGCGUGAUGGUGAUAAUCCGAGAGAUCACUCAGACUGGGAAAUAUACCCACCACCACCAGAACCUGCAUGGCUAGAAGAGAGGGAUCGAAAAGAGGGCAAUGAGGACAAGCUUAACUCCAACUUAAAUAUCAGCGCGAUUAUCAACAGUACUAUUUCCGAUGGAAUCUCCAAGCAAGAGGAUGGGAAUACCUGUGAUUCCUUGCAAAAAAAUCGUCGAAUUUCAUCCAUCAUAGAAUCUCAAAACUUCCGAAAAGGUAGAAAGGCUGGCAAAGACAUUGGAGAGGAUUUUAAAUUAGAUGAAUUGCUGCCAGUUCCUAGUUCGAGUGAAAUGACUUAUAAACUCGAUGAUAGUGGCGUAUAUCAAGUCUUUGAAGACUCCAGAGCCCUGGAACUUGAUAAUCCUGCAAUUGUUAUUCCUUCUCUCCGAGAAUUUUACAUUGAUUUGGAAGACAUUCUAAAUGUAUCCUCCGACGGGCCUAGUAAAAGCUUUGCCUUUCGUCGAUUACAAUAUCUAGACGGAAAGUUUAAUCUCUAUGUACUACUUAACGGAUACCAAGAGAUAGCUGACAGUAAGAGAGUGCCUCAUAGAGACUUUUACAAUGUUCGAAAAGUUGAUACUCACGUUCAUCAUUCAGCAUGUAUGAAUCAAAAACAUUUGCUUCGCUUCAUAAAAAGUAAAAUGAAAAAAUGUCCCGAUGAGGUUGUUAUGUUUAGGGACGGGAAACAUCUCACACUAGCUGAAGUGUUCCAGAGUAUUAAUUUGACAGCUUAUGACCUUAGCAUUGAUACUCUUGACAUGCACGCCCAUACAGAUUCAUUUCACAGAUUCGACAAAUUCAAUUUGAAGUACAAUCCUGUUGGAGAAUCUCGAUUACGAACAAUCUUUCUUAAAACCGAUAAUUUUAUCAAAGGUCGAUACUUAGCUGAGAUAACAAAAGAAGUCAUAUCAGAUCUUGAAUCUAGCAAAUAUCAGAUGGUCGAAUGGCGAAUAUCAAUUUAUGGCCGUGCGAUUGAUGAGUGGGACAAGCUUGCCGAAUGGGUUGUUGAUAACAAGCUCUUUUCCCACAAUAUUCGAUGGUUAAUUCAGAUCCCACGUUUAUUUGACGUCUACAAAUCCAGUGGACUAUUGAAAAGCUUCGAAGAGAUAAUUGUGAACUGUUUUCGGCCUCUAUUUGAGGUAACUAAAGAUCCUUCGAGCCAUCCAAAGCUGCACAUCUUUUUGCAAAGAGUCACGGGCUUUGAUAGUGUCGACGAUGAGAGCAAAAUUGAGCGUCGCCUGCACAAGAAGUUUCCAGUCCCAAAAAUUUGGGAUUCGAAACAGAAUCCACCGUAUAGUUAUUGGAUUUACUUUCUGUUCGCCAACAUCGCAUCACUGAAUAUAUUUAGAAAGAAAAGAGGUUACAACACAUUCGUUUUACGUCCACAUUGUGGUGAAGCAGGAGAUACAGACCAUCUUGCAGCAGCAGUUCUCUGUUGCCAUAGCAUUAGCCACGGCGUACUACUUCGAAAAGUUCCCCUCCUACAGUAUAUUUUCUAUCUCGAACAAAUUGGAAUUGCUAUGUCGCCCUUAAGUAACAAUGCCUUGUUUCUGGCUUAUGAGAGAAAUCCCUUCUUGCAGUAUUUUAAACGUGGGUUGAAUGUUUCUUUAUCAACGGACGAUCCUUUACAAUUCGCCUUCACCAAGGAACCUUUAAUAGAAGAAUACUCUGUUGCAGCCCAAAUUUAUAAACUCAGUGCAGUUGACAUGUGCGAGUUGGCAAAAAAUUCUGUCAAGCAAAGCGGUUUCGAGCAUGUUAUAAAGCAACGAUGGCUAGGCCAAAACUACCAUCUACCUGGUAUCCAGGGUAACACAAUGGCUAAAAGCAAUGUUCCAGAUAUUCGGGAAGAGUACAGGCACAAGACACUAAUGGAAGAAUUAUUCAUGAUUGAAAGGUAUACGAAUUUGAGUCGUACUAAAACUUCUCAUUUAAGUCCUAAAAAAGUGCAUCGAAACCCCAAACAUGAGACCUCAUCACAGCUUGAUUCGUCGAUGUCAUCGGCACAGAUGAAUACUGAAGUAAAUACAAGCGAUGCUUUCAUGAAUUCUAUAUCAAACUUGCAGCUACAAUCAUCUCUAAAGGCAGAUUACAAGCCAAAUGCUUAUUCGUCCUCUCACCUUCAACAAGGCUCUACACAGCAAAUACUGCAGUCUUGCAGGCAACAAGAAAUUGCACUAAAAUCUACUGCUGGGUCUUCUUCAAAUCUCUCAGGGCUCGGAAGGGUAAACUCUUGGUCCAUGGAAAACUUACAUCCCAUGAAUAUAAGUGGAAGUGAGCCAAAAAUAUUUCCUGGUGUGCUCAGCAGGUCUUCAAAAGUUGAACCAACGCCAAGGUUAAAAAGUAUCAGUCCUAUAGACAAGACUGCUAACCAAUCGUUAUCAUCAAGACCAUUAGAUCUUUCGUCUGAAAGUACCGGCACAAAGCAACUGUACAAGAACUACGACAACAGCUGCGAUGAAUAA